AUCCACGUCAGCGGCAGAUGUUCAAAUGGUCAUACGAGCACUGCAAAGCUCACAUUAUACGUCUUUCCCGAUACAUCAUCACGACCACCGGCAACGUUCGGUGCACCGAGCUGAUGGAGAAUUUUGGUCGUGAUGAAGACGGAACGCUGGACGAUUGUCGGGGAAUUGUUGUCUUCGUCGAUGAGGCGUGCAAGGAUGUGGAGCCGAACGUCUGGGCAGGUAUUGUGUGUGAAGCCUGGUCAACAAAGGUCCAGGGCGCCAUCAUGCUGGGCGACGAUAAACAGCUCAAACCCAUCAACAAGAGUGCUCGAGGGGUCAUCGAGUUCAAUCCCUACAACAGUCGGCUGGAGAUCUCUUUGCCAAUGCGGCUUGUGCGCGAAGGCAAGCCGUGCAUCAAGCUGCGUGAGCAGAUGCGCAUGCACGAAUGUAUCGCAGACUUCCCAUCGAGGUAUAUCUAUGACGGCCGACUCAUCAACGGCCCUGGAACCAGCACAACUUUGGAAGAGGUGAAGUUCGGUCUACAGGAUGUCCUUCUGGACAUCAUUGGCGGACGGACUGCGUUCGACCAUUUGACGAUGCAGGAACGGGAAGUCCGCGCCCGCGACCAUUACAUCGAAGUCAACGGUCAGGUCGAGUACAACGACAGUCGAUCGAAGCGAGUGCCAAAGCAUGCGGAUGUGUUCUUCGACAAGAUCUUUCCCAAGCUAUACGACUACUUCCUGGACGAGAUGGAGGAUAACGUGAUGGUCAUCUGCGCGUACAGCUACUCGCUAUUCUACUGGCAAGCCAAGGCCAACGACAUUGCACGUCAAUACAGCCUCCCAGCAGGCAGUCUCCCCAAGAUCAUAAUGUUGGAUUCCUCCCAAGGCAUGGAAUCACUCAUGGUGGUAUUUGACGGCAGCAUGCAGGCCUUCAAAUCUCUGGGCUUCAUGGAAGAUCCGGGCCGUGUCAACGUGGCUCUCACGCGUGCCAAGGCUGUACGCUGGGUCAUUGGUGGCCAACUCCUCGAUUCGCAGACGUAUCGGCCCAAAUUGCCUAUUUUGGCAGAAUUUAAGAUGGAAAUGGACGGCAAAGAACGCGUUUAUGCUGUUGUGGAGCCGGUGGCCGAUAGGAUGACGACGGUCGUGGAUGAGGAAGUGGAAGAGAUGCUCGAUUACUAGGUUGUGUUUUUUGCCUUUGAUGCUGUGGACA